AGUGGCGUUGCAGGAGGGAUGACUUUGGAAUACAGAAACUGUAAUUGAUGUUCUGAGGGGCUGAGGAAGAAAGUUCAUUCGAGAAUCUGAGAAAAAGGAGGAAUUAGACUGAGCUGGGACUUGCAGCGUUGGAAGACCCAAAUGAAACCAGAUUGUGAAAACCUGAAAUAAAGUAUCCUGUGACUGACAACGGGACAAGGACGCUGCAAGAUUCUUCAGCACAUAGUCUUGGACACAACGCGCCAAUUGGAAUCUGCUUGUUCACCGGCUGCAAAGGAACAGAGAGUUUCCAUUGUUUAACAACCAGACACAGCAUCCUACCAUCUGCUUAAACAGGCCAAGCGGUGAAGGCAAGGAACCAUGGCGGAGGAUAGGAAGGACGAAGCCAAGGCACCACACUGGACUUCAGGUCAGCUAACAGAGGCUUCUUCACACCCACAUUCACCUGAAAUUAAGGAUCAGGGUGGUUCAGGUGCUGGACUGGUCAGAAGUGCCAAUGGAUUUCCCUACCGAGAGGAUGAGGAGCCGAGACUGGGCGGCCACGAGCAGCUGGGGACGUAUGCUCAGACCAAAGAGAACGGGAUCAAUGGGGAGCUGUCGACAGGGGACAGGGAUACCGCAGAAGAAGUGUCUGCGAGGAUAGUACAAGUAGUAACAGCUGAAGCUGUAGCAGUUCUGAAAGGUGAGCAGGAAAAAGAAGCCCAGCACAAAGAUCAGCCCGGACCUCUACCUUUAGCAGCUGAAGAGUCAGCUAACCUGCCUCCUUCCCCGCCUCCGUCGCCAGCUUCUGAGCAGACUGGAGCUCUGGAGGAAGAAGAAGAACCGAUAAAAAGUCCAAUGUCUGUGGAAGCCAAACCUGCUGCUCUUCCUGGGAAGCAAAUGGGGAAAGAGCGCGGGCCCACUGAGCCUUCGGACCAGGCCAAGGGCCUCUGUGAGGGUCAGCCGGAUUCUGGUUCGGAGGCCAAAGUGUGUGGUGAAGACAAAGUGCCAACUGUGGCAUCCAGCAGGGACAGUGUAACUGCUGUGGUGGGAACACCCCUGAAAGACAUACCCCCUUCCUCGGCUGAGGAAGCCACGAAGAUGGAAUUCCGUGUCCAGGAGGGCGCACGCCCUUUCGCAGCAGGACCAUUGGACACAAAGCAACAUGAAUCUGGGAAAGACAGUAAGACUGUUGAGCAACCUAAAUACGAUGCCUUAGUUCCACAACCAGCAAAAACAGAGGCUGUAGAUAAAAAGGAACCAGAGAGCAAAGACAAAAUGCCUUCACCUCCAUCAGAAAAGGUCUUGGAUACUGAUUCACAGAAGAAAGGGGAAGCCAGUUUUGCAGAACCUGCUGCCAAACCUCCUGCUCAAGAACAGAAGGACUUGUCAUCUCAACUGCCUAAAGGGAGCAGGGCAGAAGACAGGACUGCAGGUGUGCCCUCAUCAACCAACCAAGUUAUGUCUAUCAAAUUUCCAGACGACCUUAAAGAUGUCCAAGGUGUUGCCAUCAGCUGUGGUGAAAGUUCUCUAUUGCUGCCGGAACACAAGGCAGAAGCAGCUAAAAGUGAACCUCCUUCAGGCCCAUCUCCUGCUGUCCCCCAGGAGCUUUCGCUCAAAGACGCCUUCAAAACAAAACAGGAGCCCAGUAACCAACUGUUUGCCAAAGACCUCAGUAAAGACAAACAGAUCCACGGAGACAGGAUGUUAGCUCUGCAAGAAGUCUCAGCGCUAUCUGUAGAUGGCCUGAAGACACCAAGCACCCCAAAAAUCCCUCCAUGGGGGGAGGAAAAGGACAUGACCAAGGAUGAGAGUGAUGAGGAAGAAAGGUAUGACUUCUAUGAUAAAGGGGAGGCUCGAGUAUUAGAUGAUGGUAAAUUAACCACAAAACCUGAAGUUAAAACAAUUUCCCUAGACAAAGCAGACUUUCAGAAGGAUGGUGAAACUAAAAAGUCACCUGAUACUCUCAAAACAGAAAAAGAAAAGGACCGAAGUGUGCUCCCAGCAACAGUAGACAUGAAAAAGGAGGCAGAGCCAAGCACACAGCUACUCCCAGCCAAGUUAAGCCAUGAAUGGACUCUUGAGAAAACAGUAGAGCACCCUGAUACCACUCAGUUAUCCGGAGUAAUAGAGAAAGCCCUUGAGGCACCAGGUUUAACCACUGAAAAGACUUCUAGUCUUGAAGAAAAAGAUGUUAAAAAAGAUGCCAAGGAGGAUAAGACAAGUGUUUCAGCUCCUCAUCAAAUGAAAGAGGAGGAAGAUCGUUCAGGAAUGUCGAAGUAUUUUGAAACCUCUGCUCUGAAAGAGGAAGCCUUCAAAGCAGAUGGUCUGAAACAAGGCAGUGAUUACUAUGAGCUAAGUGACACUAAAGAGAGUAUAUAUGAGCCUUAUCAGAGAGGUCGUCUAAUACCAGAAGAUGAAGAGGAGGAGGAGGAGGAGGAGGAGGAGGAGGAAGAAUUACAGACAGAAUUAAAUCAGCAGCAGGCUGUGCAUGCUCACGAAAUGGGGUACAGUACCCUGGCUCAGAGCUAUACACCAGACACAUCCGAAGAACCCAGCUCCCCAACAGAAAGAAUGUUCACUAUUGACCCCAAAGUCUAUGGGGAUAAGAGAGAACUUCACAGUAAAAAUAAAGAUGAUCUGACUCUGAGCAGGAGUUUGGGACUUGGGGGGAGAUCUGCAAUUGAACAGAGAAGUAUGUCUAUUAACUUGCCCAUGUCUUGCCUGGAUUCAAUAGCUCUAGGAUUUAGCUUUGGUCGUGCACAUGAUCUUUCUCCCCUGGCUUCAGAUAUUCUAACUAACACUAGUGGAAGUAUGGAUGAAGGUGAUGACUACUUGCCAGCGACCACACCAGCACUGGAGAAGGCCCCCUGCUUCCCCAUUGAUAGUAGAGAGGAAGAUGAGCACAUUGCAGAAGAAAAAGCAACACCAGAAGAAAAAGUCCAACCUGAAACCUCAGUUGAAUCAUCUUUCCAGGCCAAAGAUUAUUACAAAAAUGGGGCUGUCCUGGCUCCUGACCUGCCUGAAAUGUUAGACUUGGCAGGGACAAGAUCUAGAUUAGCCUCUGUGAGUGCAGAUGCUGAGGUGGCGCAGAAGAAGCCAGUUCCUUCUGACGCUGUUGUGGAAGACAGCAGCACAGCCCUGCCACCUGUGACAGAUGAAAACCACGUAAUUCUUAAAGCUGAAAGUCAGCUGGAAGACUUGGGCUACUGUGUUUUCAAUAAGUACACAGUCCCACUCCCUUCUCCAGUUCAGGACAGUGAGAAUUUAACGAGUGAAACCUGUCCCUUCUACGAAGGCACAGAUGAAAAACUGAGACGCGGCUUGGCUCCCGACUUGUCUUUAGUGGAAGUGAAGCUGGCAGCCGCUGAAAAAUCAAAAGAAGAAUUCCUUAGGGAAAAGGACUUAAGUCAGCAUGGUGAGUCAAUUCUGGUGAGGGACUUGGAGCAGGAGAAAAAAGAGAAGCUAGAUACUGUGCUAGAAAGAAGUGAAUAUCAAGUUGACUCUAAAGAGGUCUGUCCCAUUAAAGGAGCAGAGCCAGAGAAGACAAGAGCUGAGGCAAUGUCAGAAAGGAAAGAAGAAAGUGUGACUGGUAAAGUUCAUUUACCUGGUGAUACCAUGUUUGACAGAAUACCUGCUUCACAGAUAGCAGUAGAAAAGGAUUCUGUUUCUUUGUUGAUAGAGAAAGAGAAGACUCUUAGUGUUGUUCCUGAAAUAGCUGAGACAGAAACUUUGGUAAAACCAGAUUACAAUGCUAUAAAGCACGAUAUGGAAGUAGCUGCAAGGAGAGCUGACCAAGAAAAUCAGAGUCAGUUAGAUGCUAAGAUUGGUGAGGUUGUUUCCUCUGUUAAAAGAGCAGAGGCUGAACCCAAAGACGCUCAGCAGAAAGAUGAGACCAUGUUCUCCAGAGAAGCAAAGGAUGCAGAUCUGCUUUCCAAGACCGAGCCUAGUUACAUGAAGGAUGGCACCAAACUGUCAGAAACAGAAAUUAAGGAAAAAGUUCCUAAGCCUGAUCUGGUACAUCAAGAGGCAGUUGAUAAAGAGGAGUCUUACGAAUCUAGUGGAGAGCAUGACCAAGCCCAAGAAGGUUUGAAUGGAGAAUCUGUGAAACCAGAGGAUGUCAAAGCAGAACCUCCAAAACCUCCCAUGUCUGGGGAAGAGUUACCUGCAGAGUUACCAGCAAAGGAGACUUCUAUGGAGCAGCUCCUUUCCAAAGCUGAGCAUCUCCGGGAAGAGCCUGCUGAGAUCCAGAUGGAGAGCAUACCACAGCCUGCAGAAGGAGCUGAAAAGAUUCCUGAUACAGCUGUGAAACCUAUGGAAACCCAAAAGCUGCUGCCAUGUGAAGUGGCAGCUGGGGCCACAAAGGGGGAAGAACACAAGGAAGAAGAGGUGGAAGUAGAGCAAGAAGAAAAAGAAGAGGAUAAACAGCAUCUUGUAUCAGAAAUGCCCCCAGGCUUUGGGGAGCCUGCUGCUGAAGAAAUGCUAGCCAAGGGUAGCCCAGAAGCAGUGCCUGAACUGAAAGGCAUUAUUGAAUCGGUGGUGACAGUGGAGGAUGACUUUAUCACAGUGGUGCAGACAACAGUUGAUGAGGGUGAAUCUGCUUCUCACAGUGUGCGCUUUGCUGCUACUCAGCAAGAAGACAUCGAAACAGGAGACUCCCAGGCUGAAGAGGAGCUGGAGGUUGAAGAAGUGGAAAUUGAACCCAAGGAGGGCUCCCCAGAGGCUCCUGCUUCACCCCAGAGAGAAGAAAUCCUGCUCACCGACUACAAGACAGAGAUUUGUGAUGAUUACAAAGAUGAAACAACAAUUGAUGACUCCGUCAUGGACACAGACAGUCUCUGGGCAGACACUCAAGAUGAUGAUAGGAGCAUCAUGACUGAACAGUUAGAGACUGUUCCUAAAGAGGAGAAGGCAGAGAGAGAAUUGCGAAGAUCAUCUCUCGAUAAGCAUAAAAAAGAGAAACCUUUUAAAACUGGGAGAGGCAGGAUUUCUACUCCUGAAAGGAAAAUAGCUAAAAAGGAGCCUAGCACACUCUCCAGAGAUGAAGUGAGAAGGAAAAAAGCAGUGUAUAAGAAAGCUGAACUUGCUAAAAAAACUGAAGUUCAGGCCCACUCUCCCUCCAGGAAAAUCAUUUUAAAACCUGCUAUCAAAUAUACUAGACCAACUCAUCUCUCCUGUGUUAAACGGAAGCAGACAGCAGCAGGUGGUGAAACAAACCAGGCUCCUGGUGUAUUUAAACAAGCAAAGGAAAAACUCUCAGAUGGAGUAAGCAAGAGUCCCGAGAAGCGUUCCUCUCUACCGAGACCUUCCUCUAUCCUUCCUCCUCGACGAGGUGCAUCAGGAGACCGAGACAGAGAGGAGAACUCUCUCUCCCUCACAGCUUCUCUCUCCUCUUCAGUACGACGGACCACCCGAUCAGAGCCAAUUCGUAGCAGAACAGGAAAAAGUGGAACUUCUACCCCCACUACUCCUGGCUCCACUGCCAUCACUCCAGGGACACCACCAAGCUAUGCCUCCCGUACCCCAGGCACCCCAGGGACACCCAGCUACUCCAGAACCCCCCACACUCCUGGGACCCCCAAAUCUGCAAUACUGGUACCUACUGAGAAAAAAGUUGCCAUAAUUCGCACUCCUCCUAAAUCUCCAGCCACUCCAAAGCAGCUACGAGUUAUUAACCAGCCUCUACCUGACCUCAAGAAUGUCAGGUCCAAAAUUGGAUCAACGGAUAAUAUCAAAUACCAGCCUAAAGGAGGGCAGGUACAAAUUGUAACCAAGAAGAUUGACUUGAGUCAUGUGACUUCCAAGUGUGGCUCACUCAAGAAUAUUCAUCACAAGCCAGGAGGUGGGCGUGUGAAAAUUGAGAGUGUGAAACUGGAUUUCAAAGAAAAAGCUCAGGCUAAAGUUGGUUCACUGGAAAAUGCCCACCACGUACCUGGUGGUGGUAACGUCAAGAUUGACAGCCAGAAGCUAAACUUCAGAGAGCACGCUAAAGCCCGUGUCGACCACGGGGCUGAGAUUAUCACACAGUCACCAGGCAGGUCCAGCGUGGCUUCUCCACGUAGACUCAGCAACGUCUCAUCCUCUGGAAGCAUCAACCUGCUUGAGUCACCCCAGCUUGCUACCCUCGCUGAAGAUGUCACGGCAGCCCUUGCCAAGCAGGGCUUAUGAAUUUGCUCAUUUCACAUUGUAUGAAGUAAUAAUAUUUAGGCAUGAGCUCUUGGCAGGAAUGGGCUCAGAGCAGGCGUUACAUUCAUUCUUUACCAUGUCUAAAGCUAAGUCACAUCCCAAGACUUGUAGUUACCAUACAGUUAAAAAAAAAAAAAAAAACAGAAAAAAAAUAUUUCCAUAGAUGCAGAAAUUGGCCUGACCUCCAUUUACAACAGGAAGACACUGGCUUUAUAUGGGUAUACAAAAGCAGUAUGUUACAUUGGACAAUUAUUGUUGCUCUGCUCUGUCUUGCAUGGAGUACUGUACUAUGAUAAAAUGCAUUUUUACCUUUCAUGUGCCUGAAGGCCAUCCACCUCUAUCUGAAGAGCCUUGUUGAUAUCCCAAGUUGCUCAUUUCAUAGUUCUGUUGAUAGAUGGGGAAAUAAAAAAGUUGCCCAUUUUAAGUUAUUAAGGGUUAAAUUAACAGUCUGCUUACCAGAAGGAAGGGCAUAUAGAGAAAUUCAAGUUUAAUUAAAAAAAUGUGUUAUUUUGUAUAAAUGAGUAGAACAAAAGUUGAAUUAAGUUAUUAACAUUUUCUUGGACCUGGUUAAUUAUGUCAGUGUAUAGCUGAAAAGCCAAUAAAUUAUUUAACUAAUAACUAAAAAUAGUAGCUGAAAACAUUUAAAUUGUGCUUUGGGGAAGUGACGUAAAAAAGCUGCUGAAAGCAAGCACUUCCACCCCAACAGACUUGUGUCUGAUUAGAAAAGUUGGUUAAGCGGCUAGAUUUGUGUGCACACCACUGGUUUCACAUUCUUUCCGUCUGUUUGAUACAGUAUUAUAGAUAUAUAUAUUUCUCUGUGGCCAUUUGUGAUAUGCCCUCCUCAUAUACUUGAAUAUUCUACUUCUUUAUUCACAGUAUCUGUGUCUCUUGCACCCUUUGGUGUUGCAAUUUUAGGUAUGUAAAAGUAGAUGUUAGCAGGGUUUUUUUUUUCCCUAUUCAUAAGAAUACAUUUAAAAAAGAUGAAAAUUUUAGCAUGAAGUUGCUUUCUGUAACAACUAAAAGCCGUGACCCUGUUUUAGUGCCAGAUGCAAGUCUCUUCUGUGAUGCUAGAAAAAGGAUUCCUUCCCUCUCCCCUUCCCUUCCUUUCUUCACAAAGGAAUGAUUUUUGUGGGGUCCAGACAUUUGUAAAAGGGUCUCCAAAGAUGGCUGAGUUUGGACUCUGGCUUUUUUUAAAAUCCACAAUAGUUUGGUUCAAGAUUUUUUUUUUAUUUCUUUCUUUCCUUUUUUUUUUUAACUCCCAUAGUAACAGUGAAUGUUAGAUUUAUGUUUUUUUUCUUUUGCUAAAGUUGAAACACAGAAAAAAAGAUGUUGUUUCCGCUCCUUUAGUGAUGUUUCACAUGACUACUCAGGCACUCAGACAACAGUGAUAAACAUAGCAGAGGUGCCUGUAAAUUACAGUGUAUGAAUAAAUAAAAAUGAGCUCCCUAGACUGGGUUGCCAUAGCGAUUCAUCAAUAAACAGGGCUUCUUAAAAUCUGAGCAAAGUGAGAUUGUGUUGGCUAUAAAAAAGUGUAAGAAAAAGUGUGCCUAAAAGAUAAAAGGCAGAGAUAACGUAACCAACCGAUCUAGAGGAGUUACCUGAGAGAACUCCAGCACUAAGGGAACACUGAAGGUGACACGGAGGUGAUCCUCAUCAGCAGAUAAUCACCUGCUGAUGCUCUGUGUACACUAGAUAUUAUGAAAUGACCAGUUCACAUUAUCGCAGAUUGUUUGAACUUUUCCUUUUGAAACCUCUUAACUGAACUUUGCACUGUCAGUUGAGCUAUACUUGAUACAUGUAUUAGGUUAAUGUUGUGUGUUGGAAGCUUUUGAUCUAUUCUUUUUCCUUCUUAAUUUGUAUGUGUGUGUGUGUGUGUGUGUGUUGGGGUUUGGUCUGAAAAGACUCAUAGGGAAGAUUUUUAUGUCUGUGGAAAAGGAUUCUAAUAAUUAAUAAUACAGGAUUCCCCAUCAUUAAAUUCUGGUAGUAAUACACAGUUACUGGACAGUAAAUAUUCAGUGGACCAAAAAGGGAUUUUGGCUAAGCUGCCACAGCAGUACAAAUACAAAACAGAGUGGUUGCAUCUCUCAAACUUCUGCUGAAUAUGAACUUCUGACAGCCCCCCCACAUGGCAUUUCAGCUCUGCAAAAAGCUUUUUCACACCAAUACUGUUUGUAAGUACCUAAUACUGUUUGUAAGUCGGUUGUUUCAUAUGAAGGACAGUGAGUUUAGAACCAUGCAAAGUGCAACUGGAGGAUUCUGAUUUCUGCCUUGUAUUUGUUAUACUUUUGCUUAAACUAAUCAUAAUAAUUCACAUGGAAACAGUGUCAAGUUAAGGUGCAUUAAAAGCCUCUUCCCAUUUUUUCAGAAAAUAACAGAAAGGAAAACCAACAGUAUUUAUAUUGCUCUGAUCAUACUAUCAGUAUGAAUUGGCCUUGCAGUGGUUUUUUUCUAUGCCUUUUGCCAGCGUGGGAGAGAAACUAUGGUACUACUGAAUCCUCUGCUCUCUGAAGCUGAGCAGCAGCUCAGGAGAACAGUGAUAGCCCGAGACUCCAGUUUUUUUAUUCUGCUUUUAAAAUCAACAUACUCUAGAAAAUUAAGCUUAGUUAAACCACCUAUGAAUCCAAAGUUAGAGUGGUGUAACACACCGAGUCAUUUAUUUCAUGCAUUAAAAUGAGCUUUCUUGUCUUGAUUUAAGCAAAGACGUUUGUAAUCAUCAUCAUUCUUCCAUAGAAAGAAUCCUAGAAUGCUGUGGAGUUAGAUGAAAAGAAAUCAAGAGUUUUGUGCUGUUAAAUGAUAAAAAACCAAGUUAUGUUACAUAACUCUAGAUGUUCACUGGAAAAGCUCAUAUUAAUCUUAACUUUCUCAAGAAGAGUGUUCGUUUUAAAAACAACAGUUUGUAAAUAACGUAAUGCCCACUAAAGAAGAUAGAGCCAGCUUCCUGGAAACUGCAUCUGUUGUGUUUCUUUUCCACAGGCAUGUUGAGCCAGCAGGUUUGUUGGGCGCCUGAGACCCAACUCUGUAACAAAGCAGAAAUAAUCCAGACAGAAGGAAUGGUGAAACCUUGUUUUGGUAGCUAGGGGAGCGUCCCAAAUUUAAUAAUGGGUCAAGUUGUAGCAACAAAAGGCAGAGUGCUUCUUCCUCAUUUGCAGAGUUCUAUGUAACCACAAGCUGAAAGAAUUAAAAGUUGAGCAAACAUCUGUCCAGCAACAGUAAAGGAAAAACUAAUCCUGAUGAGGGAAAUUGUGAGCCCACAAGGGCAAUGUAUAUUUUCACUGUACAGCAGUAAAUGGAAUUAUCGAUUCAAUGCUCUGCUAAAGUACAGUGGUAACCUCAUCGUGGCUGCUCACACAUCUAAGUUUGCCUAAAUACAUGACCCAAAGGGAGUCUAAAGGCAUCCUGUGUGGACUACCACAUGUGAGCACUUUUUUCCAUGCUGGAUCAAAUACUGUUUGAAACCCAAGUACACAUGACCCUUCAAAGGCAAAUGCCUUGAAGAGUAGAUCACAUUUGCUAUGAAAAUUGAUGCUGGUAGGUUUUUAGCCUAGGUGUCUGUCUACUAACUCACUAGUCAGAUUGCUAAAGCAACUCCCUCUGCAACUCCAGCAAUUCCCACUGCAGGAAGGUAAAUUAGUUUCACACUUGGAAAAGUCGAGCGUAUAAAAGCCACUUCAACUUUAGCAAAGAGAAAAAGCCAACAGAUAAACAUGCUGUAUGCUGGGAUGUCAAGGAAUAUGGUCUGCUGUUACAAACCUGUGUUUUUUCUGAUAACUCUAGAGCCUGUUACCAUAAAAGAGGCAUUUCUUGAAUGGCUGGUGGUAGGUAGUUCAUGUUUUUCAAUCCAAUUUGCAAUUGUAUUUGUUGCUGUAUAGUGAUCGUUUUGCAAAAUAAAAUCGCUUGUCAUCUAA